AUGCGCAACAGCCUCCUCACGAGCGUGAUACCAACCGCCUCAACGGGGCAGAUCCUAGGCAACGUGGAGGCAGCUGAGCCCAUCAGCAGCAACCUGUACGUGCGCCGGACCUUGGCAGGCGAGUUCGUGGUGGUCAAUAGCCAUCUACUCGAUGACCUCCUCGAGCGCGGGCUGUGGAGCGAGGCGCUUAAGGACAAGAUCAUGGCCAACAGGGGCUCUGUAAAGGACCUGGAGGAGGUGCCGGACGACCUCAAGGAGCUGUACAAGACGGUCUGGGAGAUCGAGCAGAAGGUGGUGAUCGACAUGGCAGCUGACAGGGGGCUCUUCGUCGACCAUUCUCAGUCCAUGAAUCUCUUCAUGGCGCGCCCGACACCAGCGGGGCUCUCCUCGGCUCUCGUGCACGCGCACAAGCUCGGGCUCAAGACAG